CUGCGCCCCGCGUCAGCGCGAGCAUCGCCCGCGAUCCCCGCCGGCCUCCCGAAGGGGCGGCGGCCGGUCUUCUCGCAGGAGGGCCACGCCCGCGGCAGCCGAGACGAGACGGCGAGUGGCUCUGUCCUGCGAGCACAAGCGUCGCUGUCGCUAGGGGGGCGCUCCUCGGAGCACUGCCUCUGCCGAACUCCGUGGAAAAGUUGUCCGUGGUCCGCGCGCCGUCCCGGACGGGGCAGCAGCGACGCGGGCCUCGCGGGCGGCCGGGUGCCCUCUGGGUGCGGGGACUGCGAAAUGGAGCAAGAGCCACAAAAUGAAGAACCUGCUGAAAUUAAGAUUAUCAGGGAAGCAUACAAGAAUGCCUUUUUAUUUGUUAAUAAAGGUUUGAAUACAGAUGAAUUAGGGCAGAAAGAAGAAGCAAAGAACAACUAUAAGCAAGGAAUAGGACACCUUCUGAGGGGAAUCAGCAUUAUUACAACAGAGCCUCAACACACAGGCCCCGGAUGGGAUUCUGCUAGACAAAUGCAGCAGAAAAUGAAAGAAACACUACAGAAUGUACGCGCCAGGUUAGAAAUUCUAGAGAAGGGUCUUGCCACCUCCCUACAAAAGGAUCUUCAGGAAGUACCCAAGUUACAGCCAGAAUUUCCACCUAAAGACAUCUAUGAAAAGUCAAGAGAGCCUCAGUCCUUUAACUCACCUCAGCAUACUGAAAUAAAUGAUAACACAGCAACUACCAGUUCAGGACCUACUGUUGCACCAUCUUCU